AUGGAUAAGGUGCUGUCCUUAUUGACCGGCUUGGCAAUGCUGAUGUUGAGGGAAUAGUCCGCAGCCUUAAAGACCUACACCCAGUGUCCCGAAUGUACUCAGCUGCUUUGCCCAGGCAAAAUUACCGUAAUUGAGGUCGGACACAAAGUUGACGUGGUUGAAACUCAGCUGCCGCGAAGAGCCGGGAUGAAGCAAAGCCGGAUUGCCAUAGCCCAGGUUGACGUCAUUGUCCCAGAUAGCGAUCGAUGCGCCCGAUAAGGCAUUGGCACGCGCAGGCCCCGGAAGACUCAGAAAGCUGUAGGAUUUGAGACCUCCUAUUUGUGCCGGCAGCGAUACGUUCAGGAAAAUAAAAAGGUAUGUGGCUAAUUUCUUCAACUGCUUUUAUGA